AUAGGACAUUAUAAAAUAAUACUAAUCUUAGAGAUGCUUAGAUUUUAAAGAUCUUUUGAUGUUUUUGAAAAUAAUUGACACAAAUAUAUAGAUCAUAUAAAAUUGACACUGACCAAGUUCAAGUACGAUCAGCUUUAGUCGCUAUCAACUUUGUCGAACUUUCGAAGUCCAGUAAGCCAAAUGUGAUAGUGGGGGGAAAAAGUAACCGUGCGAACUCGAGUAUAUAAGCCAGCGAGGAUCAACGUUGGACAUCAUCAGUCGCUUAGUCGAUCCAAACAAACCAAGUCUAUUCAACAAUGGCCUUCAAGUUCGUAGUCCUCGCCGCCCUCGUGGCCGCCGCUAAUGCCGGUAUCAUCCAAUCUGGUCCUGUAGCUUAUGCUGCGGCACCAGUAGCGGUGGCUCCAGUAGCUAAAGCUGUAGUAGCUAAGGCUGUUGAUGCCGACUACGACCCACAUCCCCAAUACAGCUACGCUUACGACGUCCACGACAGCCUAACUGGAGAUGCUAAGAGCCAACAGGAGACUCGUGAUGGCGAUGUCGUUCAGGGCAGCUACUCUCUUCUCGAAGCUGAUGGCUCCAGACGCACCGUCGACUAUACUGCAGAUCCCGUAAAUGGAUUCAACGCCGUUGUACGCAAAGAACCCGCCACCGUUGCCGUCAAGGCCGUAGCAGCUGCUCCAGUAGCUCAUGUCGCAACCCCAGUUGCUCACGUCGCAACCCCAGUCGCUCACGUCGCCCACGCCGCUCCUCUGGCCUAUGCUGCGCCUGUAGCUAAAUUUGCCGCAGCUCCUGUUGCCCACGCCGCUCCUCUCGCCUAUGCCGCAGCCCCAGCAUACGCUAAGAUUUCAGCUGCUCCAGCCCUCAGCUACGCCGCAGCCCCAGCAUACGCUAAGAUUUCUGCUGCUCCAGCCCUCAGCUACGCCGCAGCUCCAGCCCUCAGCUACGCCGCAGCUCCAGCCUACGCCGCCCAUGCCGCACCCAUCGCCUACGCCGCACACCCUGCUCCUCUUGCCAAGCUCGCACCAGCCGUCUCUUAUUCCGCUCCAACCUUCUCCUAUGCUGCCCCUGCUCUCUACCACUAAGUCCAUUCUUAUCCCAACGCACCAAGUUGUUGUCAACUAAGGCCGAAUCUUAUUUAUUUUUAUUAGCAGACUACAUGUGACUGAUUAAAUUGAGUUACUAAUCUAA